AUGAAGGCAUUUGCCACAUUGAUGGCCGUGAGUGGUCUUUUGUCAUCAAUAGCAGCUGACUGGCAAUUUCGCUCCCGACCUGACCUCGCUCCUCCAAGGCUUAACAUCACCAUCCCAGCUGGAAACUCGGUAGAAGAGGGAUUCAUUUUCGUCGCCCCCUAUGCCGGCUUUGAGGAUGACAACAGCGGACCGAAUCAACCUGGGGCCUACAUCUUCCGUGACGAUGGGGAACUCGUAUGGUCUAGUAUUGGCUACUACGCCGGCUGGGUUGCCAACUUUCGUCCCGAUACUUGGAACGGGAAACAGCAUCUACGCAGUUUCCAAGGCCUCCUUGACGGGCAUCAUGGCCGCAUGUUUGGAUAUCAUACUCUUUUAGGCUCCGAUUACGAAGUUGCCAGGGUGGUGCGAGUUGGGUCGCACAAGUUGGUUUCGGCCCAUGAGUUCCGCUUGGUCGAUGGUAAGACGGCUUUGAUAGAGACACCUAUCCCUAGACCCGUGUCUCUCAAGCCUUGGGGAGGCAGUCAAGAACAGAACUGGAUAAUUUCUGGGGGAUUCCAAGAGAUUGCUAUCGAGACGGGCGAGGUUGUCUUCGAAUGGGAAAGUCUUGACCACGUAGACCCGAAGUACAGUGCAUUCCCGCUCGACUUUGACGAAGGUCUCCCAGGAGGCGGCAAAACCGAGGCUGAUGGGUGGAACUACUUCCACGUCAACAGUGUUGACAAAGAUGAUGAGGGCAACUACCUUGUAUCAGCACGUAACACGGCGGCCGUUUUCAAGAUUAAUGGCACAAACGGCGAGAUCAUCUGGCAACUUGGCGGGUUCCACGGAGGUUCUUCCUUCACCCUUCCGAAAGAAGAUGUCUUUGGCUACCAGCAUCACGCACGGUUCCGCAGUCGUUCGGCUGAUGGGAUUAUCGAGGUGAUUCCGCUGUUUGAUAACGGCGCGCACUCUGCAUCAGUCAAGACAUAUCCGUUCUCACGCGGCCGUAUCUACCAACUCAAUCAUACCGAUGGCACAGCCAAGGCUCUGAAAACAUACGACGCUCCAGAUGGACUAUCGGCCCAUACCCAAGGAAACUUUCAAGUGCUUCCUAAUGGCAACGCUUUCAUCAACUGGGGCCAGGCGGGCGGGGUGACCGAGUACAGCAAUGAUGGUGACGUCUUGUUCCACGCCUACCUCGACUCAGCUCCCGAGGGCCACUUGGUCCAAAGUUAUCGUGGAUUCCGUUUCAAUUGGACAGGCACUCCCACAGAGGAGCCGGCUAUAGUUGCCUUGAGAGGCAAAGGCUCUGUCAUCAACGUAUACGUUUCGUGGAAUGGAGAUACUGAAGCAGCAUCAUGGCGAUUCUCCUCUAGGAGUGCAGCGAAGGAGAAUUUCCAUCUCCUAGGAGAAACCAAAAGGGACGGUUUCGAAACACACUUUCAAUUUUCGGGGGCGGUUGAUGAACAAGACUCGUUGGUCUUUGCUCAAGCUGUCAGUGCCAGAGGCAGAGUCCUCGGGCAGACUCGGGCAACAGCAAUCUCAGGGAAAGAAGUCCCUUCUUUGUCGGUUCAGUGGUCAGAGGAGCUUUGA